CUCGUAUCCGUUAGUAUUCCACUAGGGAAAGCCUGGAUGCCUUGCCACUGAUUCUGGGUUUGAUGACAGUUCCAUCUUCUGCACAGCGAGCCAAGAGUGGACUUGGAUCUGGCAUGCCUGCCUGUGCAGGCCUUGGCGCUCUCCACCUCCAUUCCUCCGCCCCGCCAACUCUCCAGGGUACAAAGUACAGCAGGGACGCGCGCGGGCGCAGCUGUUAUGAGCCGCGCAGCCUAAUCUUUCCCUAGUGAACACCUACAUGGAUUUCCAAUACCGCGCCUGGCAGGUUCCGGAGGGAGAGCCAGCCUCCUCCUGAGCUCUCUGCCCCACGACCUGGUUUCUACAGUCGAUAUUCCUGGGGGAGCUGAAGGGGGCUCUGGGUACUACAAGCUUCGUUAGAGAUUCACAAUGGUUCGUUCACUCAGUUUCCCUGAACGCUCCCUGAUGCAGAGCAGAGGGCGAUGAAUAUUGUCAGCAUCCCCGAACACACCACUGUGGUCCUUUGUGUUCAUAAUGCCAUUGGCUUAGGUUUGGCUUCCACCACUCAGUGUCUGCGUGGGCACUUGUGCAGCGGCAAGCCCUAAAGGGAGUCGGACCUUGUAAAGAAUGUCAGCGCACCGCCAGACCUCACAAGCACUUUGCAAGGGCCAUCUGGAGACAUCGACUUUGCGAUCCGAAGACCUGAAAUCUUCAGCUGCAGGUUUGAAGGAUUGGGCAAGUGGGAAAGGAGCUGCUGACGCGAUGGUGCUGCUUAUUAAUCAUUCACCAGUCCAGAGCCGCUCCACUUAAUGGCUGUACCGCGCUGGGCUCUAGCCUCUUGGCCUCUCCUCUCUUCGCUCCGCUGUGCCGUGGUCCCACAGAGCUGCGAGAGACAGCGUGCAAGCAGCCGCUGGGCGAUGCGCCCGGCCGGCCUUGGUAGGAGCCGCGCUCGCCGCAGCCGCUGCGCUCUGCCAGGCGGCGCCAGGAGGCGGUGAUCUGUCAGCCGGGAGCCUUGAGUCUGGGGAGGGCGCAGGCAGCAAGGGCGCCAGGUGAGCGCCCCAGCAUCGGCCGUUUCAGCCGGGAUGUUCCCCAAUGGCACCGCCUCCUCUCCCUCCUCUUCUCCUAGCCCCAGCCCAGGCAGCUGCGGGGAAGGAGCCUGCAGCAGGGGCCCCGGAGCCGGCGCUACGGACGGCAUGGAGGAGCCAGGACGAAACGCUUCCCAGAAUGGGACCUUAAGCGAGGGCCAGGGUAGCGCCAUUCUCAUCUCCUUCAUCUACUCCGUGGUAUGCUUGGUGGGACUGUGUGGGAACUCCAUGGUCAUAUACGUGAUCCUGCGCUACGCCAAAAUGAAGACCGCAACCAACAUCUACAUUCUCAACCUGGCCAUUGCUGAUGAGCUGCUCAUGCUCAGCGUGCCCUUUCUGGUCACUUCCACGUUGUUGCGCCACUGGCCCUUUGGCGCGCUACUUUGCCGCCUUGUGCUCAGCGUGGACGCGGUCAACAUGUUCACCAGCAUUUACUGUCUGACUGUGCUUAGCGUGGAUCGCUAUGUGGCUGUGGUGCACCCGAUCAAGGCAGCGCGCUACCGUCGUCCCACUGUAGCCAAGGUGGUGAACCUGGGUGUGUGGGUUCUGUCUCUACUGGUUAUCUUGCCCAUCGUGGUCUUCUCACGCACAGCCGCCAACAGUGAUGGCACGGUGGCCUGCAACAUGCUCAUGCCCGAGCCCGCCCAGCGCUGGCUGGUGGGCUUCGUCUUAUACACGUUUCUCAUGGGCUUCCUGCUGCCUGUGGGGGCCAUCUGCCUGUGUUACGUGCUCAUCAUUGCCAAGAUGCGCAUGGUGGCCCUCAAGGCCGGCUGGCAGCAGCGCAAGCGCUCAGAGCGCAAGAUCACUUUAAUGGUGAUGAUGGUGGUGAUGGUGUUUGUCAUCUGCUGGAUGCCUUUCUACGUGGUACAGCUGGUCAAUGUGUUCGCCGAGCAAGACGACGCCACCGUAAGCCAGUUGUCUGUCAUCCUCGGUUAUGCCAACAGCUGUGCCAACCCCAUCCUCUACGGCUUCCUGUCGGACAACUUCAAGCGCUCUUUCCAGCGCAUCCUGUGCCUCAGCUGGAUGGACAACGCUGCGGAGGAGCCAGUUGACUACUACGCCACCGCCCUGAAGAGUCGCGCCUACAGUGUGGAGGACUUCCAGCCCGAGAACCUGGAGUCUGGAGGCGUUUUCCGUAAUGGCACCUGCGCUUCCAGGAUCAGCACACUCUAAGGCCGGGCACUGCAGAGGGGGAGAGUGGUCAGAAAGGCGAGGGAGGAGCGGGCGCGAGCGAAUGAUAGAAUGAUAACGGGACAGCAGGUGCAGUGGUAGCGCCUGGGUAGCCGGACCUAGGAAAGUCAUGUGACCAAGGUAAAAUGGAGAGAUUUGUGGGUCAACUAGGAAGGCUUUCGGGCCACCUUCUCAGCCCUUUCUUUUUCCUACACAGCGCUUGCUACUCUGAACAACUCUGUUCUCCAAACUCGGUAACUUCGAUGCUCCCUCCCAGUUCUGCUAGUUCAAACCACAAACUUAACGUCGUCUAUUCAGUUCGACCCUUAUUCUUUCAAGUCCAUAUAUCUGUUUCUUUAAGCUGAGCCACGGCUAUUGCCAUGUGUUUCCUUUGGGUUGAGUCCCCUGCUUGCGCUCAACCCUGGACGCUAAGCAGAUAGGUCAGCGGGCCAGACUCUGCUCAGAGAGGCUGUCAGAUUGUCCCCAAUCAUCGCUCUCCCUUUGCACAGCCUUACUUUUAAGGAAACCCAGCUUGAGGAUAACCGGGCGACUUCCCAAAGAAGGCACAUCUUUCCCUGGGCCGGUCCUCCCAACGCUUCCCGCUCCCCCCCCCCCCCCCACCAGAGCAGAGCUAGGUGCAUAAGAAUAGGUAGUUCACUCAGAACCCCAGACUUGGUAUAGCUCCUCCCACAUCCUCCUUUGGAGUAGAAAAAAAAAAAAGGAGCUGAGAGCAAGCAAAGGGACAAGUUUGGUUUGUAAGAUUCCUGGGUUGUGGAUGUGGAUGUCGAUGCCACAGAAGCCACCAAACCACCCUUCCCUUAGAUUAGCUCAGAACUUGAGUCCUGGGUUCCGAAGUCCCACUGAGGGGCACUCCCCUCUGGUCAAUGACUUAGGCACCCUGGCGGGUGCACUUGAAUAGCAAGCUGGCAGUUCCUGUUGUUUUCAGCCCUAGAAUAACAAAAGAUUCGGUUUCCUGCUCUAGUGUAAGUUGCAGGUCGGGCUUAGGCUCCCUCGGUGACGAAGGCAGGGCCUUUGCCAAAGCUGGGUCGGUUGCUACAACCUGUCCGGUCCCUGAGGGUUCCUGCCUUUCAAGCGGUGCCUAAUAAUGUUAUUUUUUGUUUAAUAUAUUUAUUUAUUUAUUUGUGGUGUUUUUAGUAGUGUGUUUCUGCUUUCCUUGCCUAACAGGGCUGUUCCUGGGACUCCUGGGGGCUCAGGGUGUGGAAUUGAGCAGGAGUGGAGAAAAGCCCGCCCCCUGCCCUAAGACCCCUCAAAAGUUUCCCUCUCUUGGAUUCUCCUUGCCUUCCUAUUUUUGCUUGUGUCCAGUGAAGUUUGGAGAUUUUUUAUACUUUUUUAUUGCAGAUUUUGUCUUAUUAAAAUAGAUAAAUGGUAAUUUGGGUUAACUUCUGUCAGUGCAGAGUAAAAGACCUGAAUUCCUGAUGUUCCAAGAAACAGGGGAAAUCACACUGUCUGUGAUGUUUUUAAUGUAUGUAUAUGUACUGCUAUGCACAAGUCAUGUGUGUGUGUAUAUAUAUACCUAUAUAGAGAAAGAUAGAUUUGUUUAUCUUAACCGACUGUCACAAGUCCAUGAAGCAAUUAAAAGGACAGCCACAAAGUGACAAGUGUGACUCCAGCUGGGACAUUUUCAGUUUCAGGUUCAAGUAGCAAUCAAACUUGGAACUGAGAAAUGUCAAUCAGGACCUUGAAUUGCUGCCUUUUUCAAGGUCCCAGCGGAGAUGAUUCUUACAUACAUCCUGUUAACAAGGUCACUUCCGUCGAGGAAUGGGAGUGAAGAAAUUAUGUCUGCAUUUGCUAACUCCAUUGGAAAUCUGAGCAGAACGAAGACCAGUCUUUCACUAGUUCCUGUUUCCUGUAUUCUUUGGUGUUCUGGUUUGUACAAAAGAGGCACUGAAAGCAUAUGUAUCUCAGUUGGUUGUUUAAGUAAGCAAGUGUAUGUUAGUGGUCCUGGAAUAAUGAACCUGGGAGUCUCAGGUUCCCACUGACAUGAUAUACAAUGAAUGACUGCACUAUUGAAAAAGACAUUUUGUGCACAUUUGCUUUGAGAACACCAUGCUUUUCUAAAAGCAGUAACCAAGAGUUAAACUGUCUCUUGUGUUUUGUUUAAAGAAAUGAACAAAUAUGCUUUUGAACAUAUGCCAGAAAAUUUAGAACUUUUCCUAAGAACAGCAUAAUAUGUAAUGAUUCUUCUGUUAAAAUCAAUUUUCUUAAUCGUUAAGAACAGUGAACUUUACAAACUGAAAUCUCCAUCGUUAUCACCUUAACAGGUUAGAAAUGUAGUGCUCUUAACCUGUUGUCAUUGUGACAGUGACUGAAUAAACAAAUGUCCUAAGCUGUU